UCAUCAAAUCGUAGAAUGUUGAGGGGUUGGAAUGGACCUUAAAGGUCCUCUUGUCCCAACCCCCCCGCCUGGGCAGCGACGGCUCCCACACGGCCAGGUGGCCAAGGCCUUCUUAUCCAGCCUGGCCUUGAGCACUGCCAGGGUUGUGACAUCCACAGCCUCCCUGGCUCCCAGUGUCUCACCACCCUCACAGGAAAUAAUUUCUCUCUAUUAUCUAACCCGUUUCCCCCCUUUUAAUUUGUACUCAUUUCUCCUUGUCCUGUCACUACAGGUGCCAACGCCCGAGGCACCUCCGAGACGGGGCACUCCCACACCCCGCUCCCCUCACGUCCUUCCCUCCCUUCUGACAGAGCCCGGGGACCGCGGGCUUCGCUCGUCCCCGCCCCGGCGGCUCCCGGCCUCCCCUGCCCGCCCCGGGGUGUGUCCGGCCCCGCUCUGGGCGCGGCUCCGGGCACGGCUCGGGCCGGCUCUCGGCCAUGGCCCCGGGGAAGGCCCCGUGCCGGCGGCGCAGCAGCGACUCGGGCGUGGGGCCGGAGCGCAGGGCGCUGCCCCGGGACAGGGACCAGUGCGCCGCGCUAUCCCAGAAGAAGAAGGACCAGCGCAUCGCUCUCUUCCUCAGCGACUUCGACCAGCAGGCCAAGGAGCACAUCCAGGAGAUGAAGAAAGAGCUCGAUUCGCUUCUGCAGACAGCGGAGAAGGCGUUUGCGGUGGAGCUGCUGACGAUGCCGGCUGCCGUCAGGAAGAUGAAAAGGAAAGAGGUGCUCGAUUUGCAGGGACGAGAGGAAGUGGUUCUUGCUGCUGCAAUGUUAAGGUAACCACAAUUGUUGAAUAUGAAGAUGCCAAGCACAGUUCUGCAAAGAAAAUAACUAAAAAAAUUUCCAAAACCAGGUCACUGGUUUCACUGGCCUCUGGUUUAAGUGGCAAACUGAACUCUCUUUCUAGUGCCACAAAUCUCAAAGCCACUCCAAAGGGAGCUAAAAGUGCUGGAUUACAACAGGCUGUCUCAAGAACUUUACCUGCCAGUGGAAGAGUUCAAGGCAUGUUAAAAAGAAGUAAAUCUGUACCCCAACAUAAAAGUGUUCCAUUCGUCAACAUUCCCUUGGCUGAUGGACAGACACUCUGUACAGCUGGUGGAGACCUCCGUAAUAUCGAUGUGCAGCUCCUAAAUCAGGAUACAGUACAGCACAUUCAUAACUUGGUGAGUGAACUGACCGUACUGUGUGGAAAGGUAACACCUAAACCAAGUUAAUGGAACUGUCUUGAACACAGAACAUUCAUGACGGCUCUUGCCUGCUGCCUCCAAAGUGUUGAAAUUAUGUCUACAAUGUCUUAAUAAAGCUGUAUACUGCCCAGUAAAUGUUUUUAUAAGCUUUCAUACCAUGUGAUGUGUCUUAUUAAGUUCCUGUUAUGAAGGAUACCAAAGCAGAAGAAAAUGCUGCUUUUUUUUUCUUUUAUAAAAGGCUUAGGUUAGAUCUUAAUGAAGUUCACAGCAAAAUGAACAGUAAGAGGCUGUAUAUAGGAAGUAAGUUUUUCUAAUAUUCAACUCACAAAUAAACUGAAGUACAAGGAACUAAGUAUUUGAACAGCCUUAAGACACUUCUAGUUAUGUGGUAGCAUAUAUGAAUCUAACACAGGAAUAAAACUUAUUUCCAGUCUUGUGAGUGACAUGACAGCAAUGUGCAAG